AUGACAGACCCUUCGCAACGUCCCAAUCAGUAUUGUUCCGAACAACAACCUGUGGACAUGAAUCAUCCAGCUUAUGUAUACCAGCCACAAGAACAGCAUCCAAGCUAUCCACCGCCUCCCCCUCAGCCGCCGCGACCUCAUGAAACCACGGCACCAGGAUACGACACUUCGGGACCCCCCCUCCCACAGAGGCACAAUGCCCAAGGAAGUUUAGAUCUUGAAGCCCAAACGACAUCUUAUCCACCGCCGCCUGUGUACAAUCCGGCUUCGUACGCACCCAGUCAGCAACACCAAUUCCAACCGCCGCCCCAGCGCUACAAACAAAUAUUCGCCGCUGACGAUGACCCUUCCAGCCUGGUCCAUUAUAUCCGCGAUCCUCAUAAACUCGUAGGAUACCUGGUCCCUUUUCCACGCCCGGUGCUUCCCAAUGUUGAUCCAGAAAGUAUUCCAGCUCGUUUUGCGAUCUACACGCCGCCCCCACCUCCAUUGCAAAAACCGGCCGAGGGAGUGAAGGAAGGCAAACUGCACAAAGUCCAGCGGAAAUGGCAAGAAGAAGUCCGUUCCGCAAAGAGCAGCACGGCCAAAACUGCCAGCUGGAAAGGUGCCAAAUCUAAAGCGACGCGCGGGAUCGAUUGGGCUAUACACAAAACCACAACCUCAAAUUUAGAUUUCUUGGGUCGUGUGUCUCCCGAUCCACAGAAAUCACAUUCCGAUGACGAGAGAGACCACCAAGACUCCGAAACACACAAGACGGUAGCGGUUGAGGAAAUGGUCCUCAUUUACCCACCCACCCUCAACCUCACUAACCAACAGAUGCGUGAGGAAUUCGUGAACACAAUGCUACGUACCAAAUCCAAGGCACAGAGAGAUACUAUCAUUGCGACAGGCCUCAUGCCGGUGGCUUACGGUAUCGAUAUCCUCGCUACAUUCAUCUGGCCGUUCGGCGGACUGGGUGAGAUCGACACUGUUUGGGCAUACGCGAGCUUCCGUGGCGCAAAGACUGCAAGAUCCGUGACGAAGAGGCUGGCUAGCUCCACUCAAUCGUCGCCCAACCAUGAAGACGAAUCUAACAAGCUGAAACUCACAUUUACACACUCCCAGCGUCUGGACGUCCUUCGCAGAUAUCUCGAUGCGGAAUGCCACAAGGCUGAUUCCAAGCUUUUCCCGCAUUAUGAGCAUUCUCCCACGGAAAGUGAAGUGUUGGAGGCAAUAGGAUGGACUCCCAGUCGUGAUAUUGAGGAGAAAAAUUGGGAGGAUGAACAUUGGGAAAUCCAGGAGGUCAAGGAAGACUUGAGGACCGUAUUCAAGAAAGCAGCGAGUGAGUGGAGGAAGUGGUGCCGGCUGCUGGAGAAGAAGAGAACCUCCUCGGGAGGCUUUCUCAAUCGCGUCUUUGGAGGCAAGAAGGAGAAGGAUACAGAUUCGGAGAGCACACCCUCUCGAAUAAGUACUGAUAGCAACCACAAUGGCACUACUUCCCCCGGUGGCAGCAUUACAGUUAAGACUAACGACUUGAGCCCCAAGUCCGAGACUCGAAAGCCCGCAGACGAAGCCGCCGUUGCUUCGCCUUCUGCCGACUCCAAGAAGCGGAGGAGUAGCAGCGCCAAAGCUAAGGAGAUCUUUACCCAGGCCAAAAAUUCAUUAAUACACGGCGACAAGGACGGACCGCAAACACCGAUGCAGAGACUAUCCAAGACCGAUGCCGCGCUCAGCGUGCCUCAAGGCUCGCUGAAUAACUCGGCCGGCGAGUCGCAGCCUACACCAAAUUCAUCCUUCUUAGUUGGUGUGACCGAAGACAAGAACAAGAAAUGUCGUCGUACCAUGGAAGACACUCAUUCAUAUCUUUACAACUUUCUCGGUACGCCGGCGCCGGUUCUCUCUUCCGACAGCUCAUUAUCCAAGAAAAGUUCCCGAGAAGAUCGGAACAGUCUCAGCACCAUCGCGUCCAAUCCUGCCCAGCAUGUGGUGGAGACCGACAAUGGCUACUUUGCCAUUUUUGACGGGCAUGCGGGCACCUUUGCUGCCGAGUGGUGUGGGAAGAAACUGCAUGUCAUCCUGGAAGAAUUGAUGCGCAAGUACCCCAACACACCCGUCCCAGAAUUGCUUGAUCAGACAUAUACCACCGCCGACAACCAAUUGGAAAGGUUGCCACUCAAAAACAGUGGGUGUACUGCGAUCACGGCAGUGCUACGCUGGGAAGACCGCGUUCCCACCAACCACUCUGCGACGGGGUCUCAGGCUAUCGCAUCCUUGGCCGCGGCCGCAGCCAAAGAAGCAGAGAAGAAUGAGAAAAACAACGAGUCAUCGAAAGACGGAAAAGACUCGACGCCUCGGUCGAAUUCAACGGCUGAAGCGGCGGCGGCAGCGAUUCAGGAAGCGAAACAAAAGGCUACGCGACAGAGGGUGCUGUACACCGCUAAUGUUGGUGACGCCCGGAUCGUCUUGUGCCGCAACGGGAAGGCACUCCGUUUGUCGUACGAUCACAAGGGGAUGGACGAAAACGAGGGACGAAGGAUAUCGAAAGCCGGAGGGUUGAUAUUGAACAACCGGGUGAAUGGAGUGCUAGCGGUGACGCGAGCAUUGGGCGACUCAUAUCUAAAAGACUUGGUAACCGGACAUCCUUAUACGACCGAGACCGUGAUUCAACCUGACCAAGACGAGUUUUUGAUCUUGGCCUGUGAUGGAUUAUGGGAUGUCUGCUCAGAUCAGGAAGCGGUAGACUUGGUUCGCAACGUCCACGACCCUCAAGCUGCGUCCAAAAUGUUGGUGGACCAUGCGUUAGCCCGUUUCUCGACCGACAACCUGUCUGUCAUGGUGGUGCGCUUCGAUCCGCAAAAGCUUCAGCAGAACACCAAGAUGGACAUUGGAGUAGAGACAGAAACAACCAAGGACAAACUUGCGAUCAGUGAGGUGGAAAUGCUCGUGGGAGAAGCACGUCGGCACUCUCUGGCCCAAGAAGGGCAAGUUUCCGACCAGGACUCGGAAGAAUUGAGGCAGAGCGUGAUCCAGGAACAGGAUGAAGAAGACCAGGAGACCGGGCCAGAGUACACGCCGGAGGGACAGACUGAAGCUGAGAAGAUCUUGUCGGAGAAGAAAGCGGAGCAGGAGAAGCCCAGUGAAGGUUGA